AUGGAGGUUGUGGUCUUAUUGAAGUCCUUGUGUUUAACAGCCCAGGUUAUUAAAGGGAUCAGGUUAUUACAGGUUUAGGUAUUUCUGUUUAGGGUUGUGUUCUAUUGACCAGGGUCAGCUGAACCUGAAUGGAACAUCAACACAGAAUGUUUAGGCUAUGUAUUGCAUUCUACUAGAGGUGGAUACGGGUGUACAUUCUAUUGGACUGAGUGAAUUCAACUUUAGUGAUCACAAGCAGAGUGAGAUGUUAAUGUGUUUGUGUGUGCCUGCGUGUAGGUGUGUGUGUGGGUGUCACUGAACACAGUGAUUCGGACCUGUCUGUUGUGGAGCAAUACUAUGACAGUGUAUAUUGUAGUGUCAGAAUGCCCUGUGUCUCAGACUGACUCUCACAGUGCUGUGGAGCUGUCAGGAGCCAGGACUGAGCUGAAUAACAAUGCCCUCUGCUUGUGGAUGUGUGUGCGUGUGUGCAUGGGUGCGUGCGUAUGUGUGUGCCUGGCUGUGUGUGUGUGCGAGUGUGUGUGUAUGUGGGUUUGUGUGCACCUGCCUGCGUCUGGAGGAGUGAGGUGAGAUGUCACUGCCACCGUGGCUCAGGAAUUUGUUUACCAAGAGCCAUGUUGUGUCACCUUGUCAGCUGCCUAUGUAUGAAGCCUGUGAUCCUCCUCCCACCCCCUGCCUGCCUGCUGCCUGCAAUGCUGCUUCACUCUCAGCAGGCCCCUCACCCUCUCUGCUCCACUCAUCUGUAUAGCUUAGCUUAGCACUAGCCGGGGCUAAUCUGUGCUAACAGAGAUAUCCGUGCAGCGAACCAUUCACCCUAAGCUCACAUGUUCAGGGUGGCUCUCGAGUAGUGCUGGGAAUUGCCAGGGACCUUACGAUACAAUAUCAUCUCGGUACUUAGGCGCCGAUACGAUAUGUAUUGCGAUUCUCACGAUUCUAUAUGUAUUGCGAUUCAAUACUGUGAUUUUAUUGUGAUUCCAUGGUCCAAAUAUAUUGCUCACCAUAUGUCUGCUGCAGAGGGAGGAGAGAGCCAUGAUAAAACUAGUUUAGAAAUACAAGUGCUGAAAACACUACUAUCCCGAUAUGUAACUGUAUUGAUUUUUCCCCCCAUCACUACUCUUGAGGCUGCAUCUGUACUGGUGAGCAUAGCACUAGGCUAGCCAGGGCCCAGUGACAGCAUCACUGUUAUGUUGAGCUGAGGUAGGGGUCGAAGAGACAGCCCAGGGAUUAGGGGAGCGGAGGGGAUGUGGGGAGUGAGUGAUGUAAAUAUCCGACAGGGCCAUUACUAGCUUGCCCUGCCUGCCUACCUACCUGCCUCUCCCUCCCUGCCUGCCUGCCUGCCUGCCUGCCUGCCUGCCUGCCUGCCUGCCUGCCUCCCUGCCUCCCUCCUUCCCUACCUGCCUGCCUCCCUCCCUGCUUCCUCCCUCCCUCCCUGCUUCCUGCCUCCCUCUAGCCCUGCCUGCCUGCCUGCCUCUUCCUCCCUGCCUGCUUGCCUGCCACUGUCAUCCAGCCUGCCUGUCUGUCUACCUGCCUGCGUGUCUGCCUGUGUGUCUGCCUCCCUGUCUGCCUCCCUCCCUGUCUGCCUCUGUCCCUGCCUGCGUGUCUGCCUGUGUGUCUGCCUCCCUCCCUGUCUGCCUCCAUCCCUGUCUGCGUGUCUGCCUGCGUGGCGCUCCGCUUUGAGGUAAGGGUGUCUGAGGGAAGAGUGCCAGCCAGCGCUCACAGGGCUUUAAUGAGUUUAUUUCAUGUCGGCUGUGAAAGUGCAUGGCUCUGUCUCUCUCACAGGCACUCAAACAGAGUCGGACCCAUAAACAUAAAGUGCAGGGUGUAAAUCUGCCCUGCCGUCACGUCCCCUCUCUCCACCGCUCUCUGCUCUGAGCAUCUCUUUAUCGCCUCUCAGGGGCCGGGGAGAGCCCUUAGCCCUCAGACAGGGAGACACCACCUCUCAAAACACACUUUUUCAACCACAACCUCCUAGACCAAAGGAGUGAUCACAGAUACUACAGUAUGUUGGUGUGUUUGUUGGAGAUAUCUAGCAAUUAAAAGCAGCAACAAUACCAGUUUGCCCCCCCCCGUGUUUCACCUCUGAAGGAAUAGGACAUCAGAUGCUCACUUACAGUUUCCAUGACGUCAGAGCUAACUGCCCCUCCCCUCUGGGUGCAGUGAAGUGGGUGUGAAACGCUGUGCUCUAUUCCUGCUCUCAGUCUGUCUGUGUAUGUCUGUCAGUGUGUUAACAUGCUGUCCAAAAGUCCUGCUGCACCCUCACCAGACCGGCACCAAGAAGAGGGUCACUGGUUAGAGAAGGAGGGAGAGAGAGAUGGAAGGAGGAGAGAAGGAUGAGUAGCUAUCUCUUCCCUGACAUGGGCCAUGGUCUGAGUUAGGGGAUUAGCGAUGGGCUGCAGUGCUCUCCCCUCCUGGCUUGUUUCCUGAUAUUAUCUUUAAGUGCACGCUCAAAGCUGCCCUCUCGCUCUCCUUCCUCUCCCCUCUCUUCCAUCAUUUUCCCCCUCUCUGCCCACUCUGCCCUCUCUUCCCCCUCUCCUCUCCCCUCUCCCAUUCUCCCCCCCUACCUCCCCCUCUCGCUUCUCUCUCCCCCCCCUCUCACCUCUCUCUCCCUCCUCUCUCCUCCUCUGUGAACCCAUUGGAGUGAGUCAUUCCGGUCUGCUCUGGGAGUGAUCUAAUUGCUGUGUCUCCUCCCUGCUCUGUGUGCAUGCCUCUGUGUGGGCCGUCACUUACACUCCAGUCCUACCAAAGUGCCUGUUGCCUAUUCAUUACCCAGAAAGCACUACAAAAACACACACGCACACAAACUACUAGAACGUUAGUCUGGUAGACAGCCAUGCAGCCCUACAAAUCAAUCAAAUCGAAUUGUAUUUGUCACAUGCGCCGAAUACAACAGGUGUAGACCUUACAGUGAAAUGCUUACUUACAAGCCCGUAACCAGCAAUGCAGUUUUAAGAAAAAUAAGUGUUAAGUAAAAAUAGAUAAGUUAAAAAACAAAUCUACAAAAUAAUUAUAUUAAAUAACAAAUCAUUAAAGAGCAGCAGUAAAAUAACAGUAGCAAGGCUAUAUACAGGGGGUACCGGUACAGAGUCAAUGUGCGGGGGCACAGGUUAGUCCAGGUAAUUGAGGUAAUAUGUACAUGUGGGUAGAGGUAAAGUGAAUAUGCAUAGAUAAUAAACAGAGAGUGGCAGCAGCGUAAAAGAGGGGGUGGGGGGUGACAAUGCAAAUAGUCCGGGUAGCCAUUUGAUUAGCUGUUCAGGAGUCUUAUGGCUUGGGCGUAGAAGCUGUUAAGAAGCCUUUUGGACCUAGACUUGGCGCUCCGGUACCGCUUGCCGUGCGGUAGCAGAGAGAACAGUCUAUGACUAGGGUGGCUGGAGUCUUUGACAAUUUUUAGGGCCUUCCUCUGACACUGCCUGGUAUAGAGGUCCUGGAUGGCAUGAAGCUUGGCCCCAGUUAUGUACUGGGCCGUACGCACUACCCUCUGUAGUGCCUUGUGGUCGGAGGCAGAGCAGUUGCCAUACCAGGUGGUGACGCAACCAGUCAGGAUGCUCUCGAUGGUGCAGCUGUAUAACCUUUUGAGGAUAUGAGGACCCAUGCCCUCUUCACGACUGCCUUGGUGUGUUUGGACCAUGAUAGUUUGUUGGUGAUCUGGACACCAAUGAACUUGAAGCUCUCAACCUGCUCCACUACAGCCUUGUCGAUGAGAAUGGGGGCGUGCUCGGUCCUCCUUGGCUGUACAAUAAACCCUGCUACUGUAAUGUUAUGCCAUGAUUACUGGAUUGGAUUGUCGACUGUGCUGUGGGCAGAGGAAGUGUAGUCACAUUAUGGGGCUAUAGAAAACAUUACUAGCAGCUGUUUUGAUGUCAGUAAAUAAAAAAUCUGCUUUGUGAUUUUCACGACAUGGGUUGGGAGGAAUUGUAGUGCAUCACCUAGAAUGAUAUACUUGUGAUUGUUAGUUACUGGGCUUGUUGUUCUUCUGUUUCCAUGGUUUUCUGGAUGUGGUGGAUGGUGUAUUUUUGGAUGUGUUUUGCCCAGUUUUCCUCUGGCCUGUAGUUACGUGAGGAUCCAGCAGGUGGCAGUAGGCCUGCAGAUGAGCAGGGGGAUAUUGGUGAAUGUGGGGUCUCUCUCCUGUGAGGUUUGGCUAUGUGUCUACCAAAAUAUCUUUGCCUUGACUGAGCAUCCUCAUCCACGGAUUGCACUCGGAUGAAAGUGUUGUUUGUUGAUAAUGGGGAAAUCAAUUGUUACACCUCAAUCACAACUAUUUCAUGCAAAAGUGUGUGAUUGUUGUUAAAUCUGAAAGACAAGAGUACAGAAGAGAUUCUCAUAAAAAUAGCAGCAGUCUAGUUUAGGAUGCAUCACACUAAAUUCAGGGGGAUUCCAGGGGUUAGAUUGGCUUUUUCUGUCUUGAUGUUCAUCACAUAACCAGACCUGUAGAAGUGGAGACAGGAAUAAAUUGAGAAUGGUUUAGCUGUAGCCUGCCUCCUCUCUCUGUGGUGUCUGAGAUGGCUACUAAGCCAGAGUGAUUAUGCAGAGCCUGCUCAUGGCUGUAGAGAGGAGAGGAGAGGAGAGGAGAGGAGAGUCUAGACAAGCAGUGUGGAGAUCAGAUGCCUUAAGGAGGGUUUCCGCUUUAAAACAAAACAAAUCAUACUCACCAUUGAGCAGCUUAGUCCAGUGUUGUGUUGAGGGAGACACUACACUCUGGAGAGAGAUGGAGAGUGUUCUUUCUCACCAGACAGACCACUAUCUACAUUAUUAACUCACCACUGCCUCCAAGUGGAUAUUUAGGAGCUACAUCUUUAUUGCAGUUCAUUCAUCCCCCCAAAGCUUAUUUAGACAUCUCUCUCCACUACAUGGCUAAACACACAUGUCUAUGUUUGCUGUUAUUGACAUACUCGCUCUCUCUCCUAUCUAGCUGUCCUUGAAGUACAGGUCCCAGAGCUGCCAGUGGUGGCGCUGUACGGCAUGGACACCACCCUCAACUGUUCCUUCAGCCACGCCUCUCCCUUCAACCUGUCUGACCUCAGUGUCUUCUGGCAGCUGACGGACACAAAGCGCAGCGUGCACAGCUACUGGGCCAGCCAGGACCAGCUGGCAGACCAGGGAGAGCGCUACGCCAACCGCACCAGCCUGUACCCCUCCCAGCUGGGCGCGGGCAACGCCUCGCUCCUCCUGAGGGGGGUCCGGGUGGCCGACGAGGGUAGCUACACCUGCUUCGUCAGGGUGGAGACCUACGGUAGUGCAGCCUUACUGCUCCAGGUGGCAGGUGAGUCUGUUCAUUUUUUACCUUUAUUUAACCAGGUAAGUCAUUGAGAACACAUUCUCUUUGAAGUUUUACAAUAACGACCUCAGACUGGGAAAGCUGGACCAAGGCUUGGCCUGUAGCUACCACGUCUCCCGGCCUCGUUCUCGAUACGUCUUUCCUCGAAUCCUCAAAUCCUCCAUUCUCUUUUCCUGUCUGUCUCAAAACAUAUUGAAGAAGAAGGUCAGAGGAUGGGGACCUUGGACCGCCUCCUCCAGUAUGGUUGAGAAGGAGUUCCUCAAGGGCUUCACAUACAGGAAGUAGAGUCCCCUCUUAAACCUUUUACUGCAGUGGGCUAAAUGAGGGUCACACAGAGUGUUUCUUGGUAGUCUUAAAUAAAUGUACUUUGAAACAAAAGUAUACACCUCACACUCAUGGUUAUGUUAUUUUUUUUUUAAGACACCUGUACCAUGUUAGAUAUAGAGUUGAAAUGUAUUCAAUUUUGAGUUAGCAUCCCAAUAUGACACUUUAUAUACAUCACAGAAGACUGAAUUAUAACAAAACCGUUUGACAUAGAAACACCAGAUAUUCAGUGUUUUUUAAAAAUCCAUGUUUAUUAAUUAUGAAAUUAUGAAAAAUAUUAAUAACAUUCCACCCAUGAGGCCACUAGAGGGCUAUUUCGUCAUUUGACUGCAAGAAAAGGGUAGAUCACACACAUCACCGGCCCUUCUUUGAUAAUCAUGUGAGACCUUUAGGAUCGAUGCCUAACACAGCACAGAAAUUGGUCAUAAAACACUUGGUUCCAUCAGGGAUGCUCCAUAACAUGUUUGGUCGAUACUUCCUGAUUGUGGUCCUCUGGUUGUGGUCAAUCACUGGCUUUGAUUAUUAGUUCCUGCCAAGAUUGAUUGUUACUAACAACUCGGUGAUGAAGGUAGUUGUUCCAUCAGAGGACCGUCAUCACAGCUGAGUGCACUUUUAUUUAUAAUUAUUCUUUAUGGCUUCACACACAGUGUUGGUGAACUCCUCCCUCCAUCACCACUACUUUCCAUGUUUUGUUGUUAAAUUGGUCCUUUCCUCUCUAUGGAUGUAUGUGCAUUAAACAGCGUUAACGUUUGACAGUUUUCCUCUUGGCUGGCUAGUCUGGGUAGAGGAAAAAAAGAAAAACAGUGACAAAUUGGCCCCUUUUCAUGCAUUCGAUUUAUAGAUGUAUUAUUUUUAGCUGGCAUUUACAGUUAACAUCAUAGAGCUCCCUUCCAACAGUGCUCUGAGAAAAUGACGGGUCUCUGUGGAAAUCUGCCUGUCAGUCAAAUGGAUAGCCAGGGAGGUUAGUGGCAGGCUGACAUUCCGUCUUAGUGCUGAGAGAGCGAGAGAGAGUCCACUUUUCAAAAGGCAACUCGCAUGAAGUUAUUUAAUCUCCUUCCUCUCCCUCCCUCCCCUCCCCAUUGUUUGCUGUAAUAUGAUUGGCUCAGGGAAUACAGCCUCCUCUCUCUGCCCGCUGCGCCUCUGGUUGUGUUUUAGCUCAGGGGAUUGGAGAGCCGUGAAUUAAUCCCAGGCUGAGCAUUCACCCCCCUCACCUCCUCAACACCCGCCCCCUCCUGCCAAACCCCUGAACAGAGCACAGCAGUCCCAAAUUCUCGCCGCCGUGCCUAUUUCCCCCAGGCCCCCCUUCCGGGCCGGGUCAGGCUGUGGUGGUUGUGUGGUAUUGUGGGGCGGCUUGGCUCAGAGCCGUGGCUCUCUCCAGGGAGGAGAAGAAGGAUGGACCGAGAGGAGCACCAGGAGAUGCUGCAGAUGAUGUCUCUGGGAUCUUAAGCUCGAUGUUAUGCUAAGCUCCCUAAAUGUAAUUAACAAUUUAAUGGGAAUCAUAUCAAACAGUUCCCUGGGUGUCCCUCACUGCUGAUAAUCUGGCUAAAACUCUGUAUGUCUUUGCUCCCCCCCCCCUUCAGCCCCCUACACCAAGCUUCUGGUGACUUGGCUAAAACUCUGUGUCUGUUCUUCUCCCCUCCUCUCUUCCCCCUCAGCCCCCUACUCCAAGCCCCUGGUGACCCUGGAGCCGGACUCCAACCUGCGGCCGGGUGAUGAGGUGGCGCUGACCUGCGUGGCGUACGGUGGCUACCCUGAGGCUGACGUACUGUGGCAGGACGGGGGCGGGCACAACCUGACGGACAAUGUCACCACCUCCCUGGUGGCCAAUGAGGAGGGGCUGUUCAGCAUGCGCAGUGUCCUGACUGUCACCCUGGAGCCCAAUAGCACUUACAGCUGCAGACUGACCAACCCACUAUUGGGCGAGGACGGCCACGCCUCCGUCACCAUCACAGGGUGUGUGUCUAUGUGUAUAUGUGUGUCUGUGUGUCCCAUUGCUCUCUGUCUUCUCUGACAAAGGCCCUAGCCUCCAUUUUUCUGGAAAGUAAACAACAAGCUAACAUUCAGAGACUUCCCACAGUGUUUUAAUGUUGCCAGUUCAGGAUAAUCUUGUUUUCAGUCACACAGGAGCACGGCUGCCUAUUAA